AUGGCAACUGAUCACCACUCAAAGGUUUUGUCAAAAGAAUCAGAAACCAAGCCGAGCAAAAUCACCGUCAACUACAAAGAGUGCCGGCGAAACCACGCGGUUUCUAUUGGCAGCCACGCCGUCGACGGCUGUCGUGAAUUCUCACCGGCCGGUGACCAAGGGACCCAGCAGGGUUUUCUCUGCGAAGCCUGCGGUUGCCACCGGAGUUUUCACCGGAAGGAGAUGAUCAGGAACGGCGUGGUCCACCGUGCACCUACUCCGGCACCACAGUUAAUGUUGCCUCCGGCUUUUGCAGUACUCCCCACGGGAGGUUACCCCACGUUACCGUUUGUGGUGCUUCAUCCAGUGGAUUAUAACUCCUUGUCACAGCAGCCUCCUGGUCAAUCUCAUCAUGAUCAUGAUCAGUAUCAUCCGCUGCAGAAUGAACGAUUGGAUGGCUGUGAUCUAAUUAGGUCGGGACAGAAACCAAAGUCGAUCAAGAGGCCCAAGACGGAACCGUUCUAG